UUUUGUUGUCCAAGAAUAUUUGGGUUACGCGGAAGUUCAAGUUACGGUUUUUCGGUCAUAGACUUGCCGGAAGAUUUCUCACGUAGUGCAAUUGCAAAGAGUUACAAGCCACGAGGAAAUUCGUUAAAAAGUAUGUUUAUAUAUACAUGAGUGUGACAUCUACUUCAACAUUCCAUAUCUAUGAUGGAGGAGUGCAGUAAGAAAACCUGGAUAUGCAGUGUUACGAGAGACUGCUCUUUGAUUUUAGACAGAUUUGACAUAUACACGACCCCAACUCCACAGGAUGUCCUUGAAAUGGGAGAUGACUUCUUCAGUGAUGAGGACGACUCAUCCAGUCUGGAGCAAACUGAUGGUUUUAGUUUGGGAUCUGCAGCCCUGGCCUCCAAAGACAGCUAUGCAAAUUCUGAUGAAGUAGACGGGCUGUUUUCUUGCAUUCAUUUUAAAAGGGGUUCGGGUUCAUCAACUUCAAGUAGUUCAAGCAGUUGUUCAGACAAAGACUCCAGGCCACGGACACGGAGAAGAAGAGCUAGACAAUUCCAGAGUCUUUGGAGUCGAGAACCUAUUUUUAGCUUACAAUCUUUCAAAAAUCCCAGAAGUCGUAAAGACAUAUUCCACGUGGUCUCAGAUGUUCACGGGACUAUUCAAAGUGGAUUGCGGAAAAACGAUAGGGUCAUCGAAAUUAAUGAGAGAGACGUGCGACAUGAAAGUCCAAACAAUGUUGACAUCAUAUGGCGAGGACUCUCAAAUGUGUCGAAGGUAAAACUGAAAGUGUGGCGUUGGGAAGAGGAUGAAAGUGGUCCAAGCAUAAGGGAAGUGAGGAUGGUUUAUCACCCAGUGCAGCCUGACUGCCUGAUACGACAAAUAUCAAAACUUCCUCUGAGUGAUAGAAUACGCAGGAAAGCAAAAAGUUUUACAUGGUCAGAUAUGUCAUUUUUACCGUUUCACAUCCGCAUUGCAAGUGAAACAGGACUAUAUGUUUCUGCUAACACUGCAGACAUGUCUUUAUAUGGGGAACAAAUGGAGUUAAUACCGGCAGGAGCCACAGAUCGAUUUCGCUUCUCUGCGAAGUUCUUCAGCUGUAUUUUGGAGGACGAAGAUCACGGCACAAAUGCAAGGGUUGGCUUUGUCGCCCAAUUUAUUGUACAAGAUAAAUGUUUUGAUGUUACAUCCGUCAUUGCAGAAUCGACUUCCUCCAUUAAAUUGAAGCCACACGUUCCUUAUGACACAGACAACUUGGAUGAACGGUUCAUAUUGAAACUCGAAGUUCCCAACGAGGAUAACUUCUUUGAAUCUCUGGCAUACAAAAAUGUGUUUAUGAAAUACAAUAAUGACUCCAAGAAACUGUUGAUGCGUCAAUGUGAGGGUCCUGGACCAAACUUCUUGUUUGAAAUGUUUGAGACACGAGGACCGAACUUUGACUCUACACUAAACAUUUCCAGCAGGUCAGGCAUAGACGCCGAUAUCUUUGUGUUUGAACCGAUUUGAGUAAAAAAUGAAAAUGGAAACUAUAAAUUAUGUGGAAUAUUCUUGGCCUUUUGUAUUUUUAAGAUUUUUUUUCUCUUCGAAUUCAAGGUACAGUA